AUGUCCGCCUCGGUGGGGCCCCGCGGCGGCCCUCGCCCACCCACAGCGCCGCCUUCAAUGCCUGAACUGCCGGACCUCAGUCACCUAACGGAGGAGGAGAGAAAAAUUAUCAUGGCUGUGAUGGUGAGGCAGAAGGAGGAAGAGGCGAAGGAGCAGGCCAUGUUAAAAGAGGAGAAGCCCAUACAGGCCAGAACUGUCAACCUCGUCGGGAACAAGAAGCCCCCUCCGCAAAACGACAUCAGUUUGCACCAGCAGUUUGUCAACUAUAAGGAGCAGGUUCGGCGGAUCGGUGAGGACCCGACGAGACGGCAGCCGGGUCAGCAGAAAGAUGACGCCCCCACCUGUGGCAUCUGCCACAAGACCAAGUUUGCAGACGGCUGCGGAAACAUCUGCUCCUACUGCCAGACCAAGUUCUGCGCCCGCUGCGGAGGACGGGUUUCUCUGCGCUCCAGCAAUAAGGAGGACAAAGUAAUGUGGGUGUGCAAUCAGUGCCGUAAGCAACAGGAAAUCCUCACCAAAUCUGGAGACUGGUUUCCAGGGCAGGGGCAGAGGCCGGCCAGUCUGGGCACGGCGGUGAGUGAACCUGCCAUGUGCGGAGACACCACUGGAGAGAAGAAGGUGCGCUCCAGGUCUCAGAUUCCCAUUGGCACCACAACCUCCACUGCCCCGGAUACCCACCCUCCUGCUCCAGCUGACCUCAGCAAAGGACCCCCACCUGAGCAGCCUGACGGCCUUUCCUCCCGCUCACGCAGUGAACCUCCACAAGACAGGAAAAAAUCACCAUCAGCGGCAUCAGAGCAGAAUGGCAAAGCUGGGGCGAGAGGUGAAAGGCGGCGUGGAGCCGCAAAACUCCAAUCUCAGGCUUCAGAGGAGCGGGAGGCCGGUGAGGGUCGGCGGGAGAGUCGGCGGCUGGUUAAAGGACGCUCGCAGGAAAGAGAUGACGCUGAGAUGGAGGGGGGCAAGGGUGAGACCAGGAGGACGGAGGGGGAGCAGAGGCCCGUUCGACAAGAGUGCCGGGGCGAACCCAACGCUCCCCGUUACUCAGCCGCGCCUCAGUCCGGGGAGCAAGAGGGGCGUCCGCACCCAAAAGUGCCCCAGAUCAGACAGGGUGAAGGAGGCGUGUCUGAAAAGGAGGGUGGGGAUGUGGGACUGGGGGGCAGAGGGGGUCGGAGAUGGGCAGAAAGGGAACGCCAGGCUUCUCUGGAUAGCCAUCAGCAGGCCUAUACAGGGGACAGGACUGCGGGUGGAACAGGAAAGCAGGCCCCUCCCUCCAAACCAAAUCUAACUCCGCAGCCUCCGGCGGCAGGGUUCUGCGUAGGCCCCGCCGCACCUGCAGCCCCACCUGACCUCAGGGAGCCCCCAGAGUGGGGCAGGAAGCCGCAGCCGAGCCACCUGGACCCCGGCUCGGCCGCUGUCUUACGCAAGGCCAAACGAGAGAAGGCGGAGAGUAUGCUGCGAAACGACUCGCUCAGCUCCGACCAAUCCGAAUCUGUACGGCCACCCCCGCCACGCCCCUAUAAAACCAAACGCGGCGGCAACAAAAGACAGAUGUCAGUCAGCAGCUCUGAGGAGGAGGGUGCGUCAACGCCUGAGUACACCAGCGGCGAGGAUGUGGAAACAGAGAGUGUCAGUGAGAGAGGUGACUGGGAGUGCUAUCCACUCGAUCCAACUGUGUGGCAUCAUCCAGUUACAUGGCAGCCUUCCAAGGAAGGUGAUCAUUUAAUCGGCCGGAUCACUCUAAGCAAGCGCACGGCCAUGCCCAAAGAGGCUGGAGCACUCCUGGGACUAAAGGUUGUGGGAGGCAAGAUUACAGAGACGGGGCGAUUAGGAGCUUUCAUCACCAAAGUGAAGAAGGGGAGUCUGGCGGAUGUGGUGGGUCACCUACGGGCAGGCGAUGAGGUGUUACAGUGGAACGGUAAAUCUUUGCCUGGAGCAACCAAGAAAGAAGUUUACAACAUCAUUUUGGAUUCCCAGUCAGAACCACAAGUUGAAUUAGUUGUUUCAAGGCCAAUUGGUGAUAUACCGAGAAUGCCAGAAACAUCACACCCUCCACUGGAAUCCACAGGUUCCAGCUCCUUUGAGUCCCAGAAGAUGGAACGGCCAUCGAUAUCCGUCCUGUCCCCCUCCAGCCCCGGGGGUCUUCGAGAUGCCCCCCAGUUACUGCCAGGGCAGCUCUCUGUGAAAAUGUGGUAUGACAAAGUGGGUCAUCAGCUGAUCGUCAACGUGCUCCAGGCCACAGACCUGCCCCCCAGACUGGACGGCCGACCCAGAAACCCUUAUGUCAAAAUGUAUUUCCUGCCUGAUAGGAGUGAUAAGAGUAAGAGAAGGACCAAAACAGUGAAGAAAAGUCUGGAGCCCAAAUGGAAUCAGACGUUCGUGUACUCUCACGUUCAUCGGCGUGACUUCAGAGAACGCAUGCUAGAGAUUACAGUAUGGGACCAGCCCAGAGUUCUGGAGGAGGAGAGUGACUUCCUGGGAGAGAUCCUCAUCGAGCUGGAGACUGCCCUUCUGGAUGACAAACCUCACUGGUACAGACUGCAGACUCACGACCUCUCGUCCAUUCCUCUGCCUCACCCCUCGCCCUACCUGCCCCGCAGACACACCCACCCUGACACGCCCACCAAGAAACUCCAACGCUCUCAGCGUGUCUCAGACACAGAUUAUGAUGAUGGUAUUGGCGUAGUACAUACAGCUGUAGAAAAUCGACCACGGGAAAGAGAGAGAGACCGGUCCAGGGAUAGGGAGAGAGCCACCACAUUGGAGGUCCCUGAACAGCAGAGGUCAUCCCACCAUCGCUCUCGCUCUGUGUCUCCUCACAGAGAGGAGGAGAGUAGGGCCCGCUCCCGCCCUCCAAACAUCCCCAUGCAGAGGAGUCUAGACGAAGUUCAGCACAGUCGCCGAUCCCGUUCCCCCACCCGUUACCAUGACCGCGCCCGUGUGCAUCAGGAGAGAGAAUAUAUAGAUGACAGUGAGGUCAUCUUGAUUCACAGAUCAAUGCGGGGUAGAAGCGCAGAAUGUCUGCACGCCACAAGUGAUCUUCAGCCCCCUCUUGACAGGGUUAGAAGUGCUAGCACCAGCUGUCUGACACCAGAUACUAAUUCACACUCACCUGAAAGAGAAAGGAACUUCCAGUCUCUUCCCCGAACCCGACCCACCAGCCCCAGGAUCUUAAUCCAACACGCCUCCCCUGAGGAUGACAGCUGGGUCCUGGAACCUGUUUUUCCCACUCAGGAGACGGUGAAUCACCUGAGUGCAAAGCCAGGCCUACAGAGGCAGUCAAGGACUUUGGACAAGCCUAGCUGUCAGAAACCUGGCAAGAAAAUCUCUGACAGUGAGAGGACGCAUCAAAACGCCUCAUAUUCCUCAUCUACAGGGACUCCCACGUCAGCUCGCAGGGGCAGACAGUUACCACAGGUUCCUGCCAAAAGCAGCAGUGUAGAACAGGCUCUGGCAGCGGAGGACAGAGUGCGUCAGAUGAAGAUUCAUCCUUACAGGACGCCUGCUUCCUCCAGUACCAGCCAAGACCUGGAGAGGGCGCUCAAGAACAAACGAGAGCUGUAUAAGGAGCAGCGGCGGAGCUGUGAUAACGUCUCCCAUAAGUCCUCAGACAGUGACGUCAGUGACGUGUCAGCCAUCUCUCGCGCCAGCAGUGCCUCACGGAUCAGUAGCACCAGCUACAUGUCCAUCCAAUCAGAACGGCCCCGGGGCCGGUUCAGCCGUCAGACGCGUCCCUCGGGCCACAGCAUGCUGAAGAGUACGAGCGUGAGUGGAGAGAUCUACGCUCUGGAGCGGACGGACGGCAGCCAGUCGGACACGGCCCUGGGAACGCUAGGAGGAGGAGGUAAAAAACGGCGAUCCAGUCUGAGCGCCCGCGUGGUCGCUAUCGUGGGCCUUCCCUCCCGACGCAGCCGUAGCACUUCUCAGCUCAGCCAGACGGAAGCAGCAAACAAGAAGGCGAAGGGAUCCAGUCAGAUCCAACGCAGUCAGGAGACGGGCAUGGCCGUGGAGUACCCACGCAGCACCAUGGCACGACAGGCCAGCCGCGAAUCAACCGACGGCAGCAUGAACAGUUACAGCUCUGAGGGGAAUCUAAUCUUCUCAGGCAUGAGGCUGGGAGCUGAUAGCCAGUUCAGUGACUUUCUGGAUGGCCUGGGACCUGCUCAGCUGGUAGGGAGGCAAACACUGGCCACGCCCGCCAUGGGCGACGUCCAGAUUGGCUUAAUGGACAAAAAGGGUCAACUGGAGGUGGAGGUGAUCAGAGCUCGUGGCCUUACACCCAAACCAGGAUCCAAAUCCCUCCCGGCUCCUUAUGUCAAGGUCUACUUGCUGGAUAACGGAGUAUGUAAAGCCAAAAAGAAAACCAAGAUUGCACGAAAAACGCUCGACCCGUUGUACCAGCAGGCGCUGCUGUUUGAGGAGAGCCCGCAGGGUAAAGUACUCCAGGUCAUAGUCUGGGGGGACUAUGGGCGCAUGGACCACAAAUGCUUCAUGGGAGUUGCACAGAUUCUGUUGGAGGAGCUGGACCUGUCAAGCACAGUGAUUGGCUGGUACAAACUAUUUCCCCCCUCUUCAUUAGUGGACCCUACGUUAGCUCCCCUCACACGACGUGCUUCCCAGUCAUCACUAGACAGCUCUGCAGGGCCGCCAGGCGUAAGGUCCUAG